GUCCGUCACCCGGAAGAGCUCGGUAGACGGCUGACCCCUCCCUUUCCUCUAGCAGCCAGCGGUGAAAAUGGCAAAGAUCAAGGCCCGAGACCUGCGCGGUAAGAAAAAGGAAGAGCUGCUUAAACAGCUGGAUGACCUCAAAGUGGAACUUUCCCAGUUGAGAGUAGCCAAGGUGACUGGAGGUGCUGCAUCCAAGCUGUCCAAAAUCCGCGUUGUGCGAAAGUCCAUCGCCAGAGUCCUGACUGUGAUCAACCAGACCCAAAAGGAAAAUCUGAGAAAAUUUUACAAGGGUAAGAAGUACAAGCCUUUGGACCUGAGGCCAAAGAAGACCAGGGCCCUCAGACGACGGCUGAACAAGCACGAAGAGUCUCUGCGGACCAGGAAACAGCAAAGAAAAGAGCGUCUGUAUUCCAUUCGCAAGUUUGCCGUCAAGGCAUAAGUGCCAUGCACUGAAUAAAACUUUGGUUUACUCAGAAA